AAGGGGCCCAACAAGAGUUGGAUGACACCAACGAUUUGCACCCCACGCGACACUGAGACUGCCACGCAGCACCAAGAUGAGCAGUCUUGGCAAGCCAUGGCCAGGAUGGAGCUGCUGCUACCCAAAGUUCCGAAGCCUCCCGGUUGUGUCUGGGAUCUGGGGCCAUGUACCAUGGGGCCCCUUGUUCCUUGUGGCAGUGGAGCAGCCAGGGUUCAUCGUGCAGGCGGGACGACGAUGCGACACCUCCACCGCCCCGAACCGCCUUUGACUGACAAGUCUGUCUGACCGUCACACAGGAGACUGAUGACUGACCGGUUGAUGCUCGAAUGAGCGGGCUAGCCGGGUUGUCGACAAUAAACGUUGGCACGCAAAGGGGGCUCGCUCUCUGGGCUGUGAUGCGACUCUACGGCAGCGGAUUGCCGAGAACAUGUCUCAGCGCCAAGGGAUCGCUAUCGUUCCUGUGUCAUUACGGACAUCGUCGUCGUCGCCGUCGUUGGGUAGGUCCCGCUCUUCGAUGAAUCGGAGGCGCUGGGGCACCCAACCAGUAGUGCUAGGAUUCGAUCUUCUUGCGUGGGCCCUCGGUGCAUUGUUUUGCAGCUUCUGGAAUCUCGAUUCUUCCAGCUGAGGAUCCAUUCAUGAAGGAAUCGGCAAUAAUGGAAGAAUGGUUGGCAAAAUUGGAGAGGCCCAAAAGAACAGGGCCCUGGUGUCCGUCGGCCCUGCCCCUCGGGAGCUGGAGUCAUCAGGGGCGGCUUCGGCGGUGGAGAUGGCGCCUGGCGACGGCGGCGGCGGCGGCGGCUGUAGCGGCAGCGGUAGCAGUAGCAGCGCCAGCAGUGGCAUGGGGCCCUGCAAAGGAGGAGGAGGGUGGUGGAACAGAGGCCACCAAAAACGCACGCGCACAGAACAGCAAAUGCAGGAGCAGGCCGCUCGGAUGGAUGCCGUGGGCUCCAGCCCUCCCUUCGUGACGGGAUGGAUGCCUCCUUUGAGGCAGCGCAGGGAAAACCUUCAGACGGUCCAGCGAAUUGCAGCCCCGCCGAGGCAAGCACCCCCAGGGCCACCUGCAGGCUGCAGGCCUCGGGGGUGGCGGCGUGGCCGGGCUGCGCUUGCCUCGGUCAAGGAGCCACGGCAGGGGCACAUUUCUAAACUGGAAGCAGCCGCAGGCGAGGCACGCAGGUUCAGGUGGUCGGUCAGCUUUCUUGUUGGCAAGGCAGGCAAGGCCGAGCGCGCGGGAAGGAAGGAUGGAGCCUGGAUGUCGUAUCGUUUCCUGCCUUAUACUUGAGCAGUACAGC